AUAUAUAUAACCCCAUAAAAAGCAAACGGAAGAGAAGAGAUCAGAGAGCAUCCAAUUUCUCCAUUUUUUUUUUGCUUCAAGAUAAAAACUAAUUAAAAAGAGAUGGCAGAGGUGGUUGAUGAAAUUAGAGAUGGUAAAUGUUUGUUAGCGGCAGACACAGACAAAAAAGAAACAGAUAUAUCAUACGAUGAAGAAGAAGAUGAUGAUGGUUAUGACUCUCAAGAUGACAACGAUUAUAUUCUUGUUGAAGAUGAAAGGAUAACCAAAUCAAGGGAAAAUAAAGCUAAAUUACCACCAAACACAAAAUUUUCAUACUAUUCGGAUGAAGAUGAUGAAUUUGAACAAGAUUGGGCCAUUGUUCACAAACAACUCCUUGAAACUGAUGGUUUUCAUGUUGAUUAUCUUCCUAAUAAACACAAAAGGAACUGGUAUCAGAUAAUUAUGGGCAAUCCUUGUUGUAAAUAUACUAUUGAAGCAGCUAAUUUAGCAAUUGCAGAAUAUAACAAACUUGAGGGUGCUAAUUUAGAGCUUAGGGAGAUUAUAAAUGUGCUAAGUAAGAUGGUUGGAGGAUUAUAUUUUGCUCUUACGUUGCAAUGUACGGAUGGAAAGUACUACGAAGUUAAGGUGUUAACAUUGGGUCCCAAAAUUGAUUUGGAAAUGUUUAGGCCUGCUAAACAUUAUCCAAGGCCAACAACAACCACAACAACUACUUCAUCAGAAGAAGAAGAAGAAAAAGAAAGUGUUUGUUAGUUAUUCAGUGCUGUUUGGAUGUUGUCCUUUAGUUUUGGAGUGUAGGAAGUAAUUACCUUUUUCACAUUUCAUUAGUUUUUGUUAAAAUGUCUCUUAACUCUGCGAAUAGAGGUUUGGAUAUUGUAAUUUCUUGCUAUCUUGCUGGUAGAGUUGGAAAGAACACACAAAAAGAAAAAAGGUUUAGGAGACAUGAAUGGAGUUGAUGAAUCAUAAAAGAUGAACCAACGUAGUACCUUGAAUUCAUAAUCGAAAUCGGCAAAUGGAUUCCUUUUCCCCUUAUUUA